AUGUUCGCACAAACUCCCCUACGAACUCGCGCAGCCGCCAGGACUGUCGCCGCUCAAGCCACACGCACCUACACCUCGCGCGCCGCAGAGAUGCCCGCCCGAAGCGCGCCCAUCCGCACGCUGCUGCGCACCUCGACUUUGCGUGCAUCCACGACAGCCGUCCAGCGCACUUCUCCCUACCUCACAUCCCAGCUGCACACACAAACCCAAUCGCAACUGCGCUCGCGCUCGCGCUCGCCCUCACCAGCACCCCGUUACGAAAUCCGUAACCACUCCAUCCUCGCCGCACCAAACCAAUGGACACGCUUCUCCACACCAACAUCCCUCUCUUCAGUCCGCACAUUCACCUCAUCCCCCAAGAUCUCCUGGCCUGCUGAACCCUCCCCCACCAAUGUCUCCCCGGAACAGCAUACCGUCAUCGAAGACCACAUCGAGACGUUAACCGACAUGUUCGGCACGGCAAAGGACGAGUUUGAGAUCGCGUCCGAGGAGACGGACAAGAACACCACGUACGCACCAGACGAUCGGGAGGCGGCGCGGGAGGAGCUGGACAAGCUGCUCGAGUACUACGGGAGGGUCGUCAGUGAAGCUGACGAGGUUGUGGGGAGCGAGGUCAAGAGGAGGGUCGGGCAUAGGAUUAGGGAGCUGGAGGCCGGAGUCAAGGCACUGGAGGAGAGAGCCUUGGAACACGAUUAG